CCUAAAAUUAAAUAUGGGGAAGAAAGCACCAACUAAGAAUAAGUCUAAGAAAGCUAAGAAUGGUACUAAUGAAGCUGAAGGAAGAAAGGGCUCAGCAUCUGGAGAUGGAUACAUUGGCAAGCAUCAUGCUGGAAAAGAUUCUGAGAGUGGAAGUGAUCAUGAGGAGACCUUGCAGAUAAAUGAGGCUAAGGCAGAGACUAUUGCAGCUUUCCAUACAGUGAUGGAACAUGAAAAAGAUCUUUUGCAGAAGGAAUUAGAGAAGGCCAUGAAUAAGAUGACACGUCAUGUGGAUAGUUUGAUGCAAAAAUCCUCCUUAUCAGGAUCUCAGUUCUUAGGCGUGACAGAGUCUAAAAAGCAAAAAGCUAUCUUUAGCGAGAAAGUGUUUGAGCAGAGGGAUUCUCUUCUCAUUGAAUCAACGAAGAAAGGGAAAGAGGCUCAUACGGUGUACAAUAUCUUUGUAGCCAUCUUAAUUCUGGUAUUUUUCAAAAUGCUUGUUCAUGACACACUCCAAAAGGGGCAUCAUUUUAUAGAUAUGACUCUUCUUUAUGAUGCUCAUAAGACCAUCAUAGAUGUGAUCAUUCUUUGGAUUCCUUCCUAUAUCUUUAGCUUCUCUGUAGUGGGUCUUGUCCACAUUAUUUUAAGCUUGAAACUCAGCCACUUCAUUUAUUUGCCAAUUUACUCGGUGUUAGUUCUGUGAACUAUGGCGUAUCCAAUCUAUGCAUCAUUUGCUCUAAAUGAUGACCCAGUUGGAGGCCUAAUCCUCACAUGUGAGAUGUCGAGGCUGAUCAUGAAGAUGCAUGCCUACUUUAGAGAGAAGCUUCUCCAUCUUACUCCUAAUGAGUAUAGAGAAUUUAUCCCUGAGUUUGCUAAGAGAAAAGGUGUCUCCUACAAAGAUCUUAAUAUGCCAGUGAUAAAGAAGGGAAGUCUUUCAGAGGAAAUCAGGUUGUUUAAUUACUUCCUAUGGAUCCCAACUCUGGUAUACAGAGACGAGUAUCCAAUGAGGGCUAGGAUGAACAAGACUAACCUUCUGGCAAGUUUUUUCUCUUUCUAUCUUUGCUUCUAUUACGUGUUCGCCCUCAUUAAAGAGUUGGUUAUUCCUACUUUUGACAAGUUUUUCAAUGAGCAGGCCACUUUUGAGGAUGUUGUCACCUCUUCUUGCCUAACUGGAGUACUUUUCUUAGUACUAGCCUUCUUUGGGGUCCUUCACUCUUGGAUGAACAUAUUCGCUGAAAUCACUUUGUUUGGAGAUAGGCAAUUUUACACAGAUUGGUGGAACGUUUCCAACUAUGGUGCUUACUAUAGAAAGUGGAACAUUAUAGUUCACGAGUGGCUCUAUUAUUAUGUCUACAAUGACUCUGUGAGACUUUCUAAAGGAAAGAUGAGCAGUUUUGGAGCAAAAUUCUGGGUCUUCUUCAUCUCAGCAGUUAUCCAUGAGGUUAUCAUUGUAUGCUGAUUGAAGUUCUUCUUCCCAAUAUUACUCAUAAUGUUCGGAGGUAUAGGGGUAUUCUUCAUGGCUAUUACCAAGUCCAACAAUAGGAUUCUUGGGAUUAUGUUUUGGCUAACCAUGAUUAUCGGAAAUGGACUACUUAUCACCCUUUAUUGACUUGAAUAUUAUGCUAGGAAGCAGCCCUUCUAUCAGGAGAAGAUGGAGAAUGAUGGAUUGAUUUCAUUCUUUACUCCUCAGAGCUUUCACUAUCUAAUGGGUAGAUAUUCAUAACUAACGGAGAUAAAUGCCAGGCAUACUACUUAAAAUUCAAUA